AUGACACCAAUGUCUGGAUCGUGGGCAGAUGCUGAGAAUGAUAUUCCUCCAACCGAAGUGAUAGAAAAUCCGGAUGGAACCAAGACAGUGAUCUCAUAUAAAUUUGAUGAUAAGCACAGGAAGGUGAAGGUGACGCAAAAAAUCAAAACAGUUAAAGUGACAGAAACAGUUAACCCGGCAAUAGCCGAAAGGAAGAAAUGGACCAGAUUUGGUGAUGAAAAGGACAACAAAAUUGUGGGACCAGAUACGAGAACCACCCAGUUCGGAGAAGAAAUCAAGUUCCAUCUUUCGGCAUCCUCCAAGAAGGACGAAGAGGAGGAGAAGAAGUCUAAGGCAAAGGAGUCUACUACAAAGGUUCAAACUCUUAAGUGUAGGACGUGUGGUGGAAACCAUUUCACCUCGAAAUGUCCAUUCAAGGAUACUCUUGGUGUGGAUUUGAAGAAGCAGGAGGAAGAGAAGAUGAAUAUGGCAGCAGCUACUGGACGUGGAGGAAUGGGCAGAGGUGCUGGUGCAAGUUCAUAUGUGCCUCCUCACCUGAGAAGAGGGGCAAAUGGAGAGCUUCCAAAGGCAUCUGAGGCACAGAAAGAGGUUACAACUACUGUUCGUGUGACGAACUUGAACACAAUGCUGUCAGAGGAUCUUUUGAGAGAGAUAUUUUCCAGGUUUGGUUACGUUCAAAGGUUGACAAUACUAAGAAACAGGGAAACGGGCGAGUCAAGAGGUAUUGCUUUCGUCGAAAUGGAUACCGUCGAGCAUGCCAAAAGUGCUAUUGAGAAGCUUAACGGUAGAGGUAUCAUGAACUUGAUUAUAAAUGCCGACUUUGCAAAGCCUCGUGGUGAACGUUGA